GUGUACGGGGCGCCUUCGGGGAGGGUGUUCGGUGAUGGCAUUCCCCGAUCGGGAACACCGCCGCCAUCAAAGCGGGGUCCCGAUUCGGGGUGGGAUUUGUGUGUGUGUUCACCGAUGGAAUUUCGCGUGGAUCGAGAUAUGACCGUUGACAACGGUCGGAUAUUUAAUAAAAAAAAAUUCAAUUUUUUUUAAACUAAUAUAAAUACCCAACUCAUUCUCACCCUUUUUUUAUACACAACCCAUCUCAUUCUCUAUAUUUUUUUAAACUCUCCAACCACAACCAUUUCACUUUUUAUUUUUUAUACUCUCCAACCAAACCCCCUCCACUUUUUAUUUUUUAUACACCGAGCAAUGGAGAACCGACCCCGCGAGGCCAAGAAAAAAAAUAAGGGGCGGGUAUCAAAACCGUCUCGAGAUGGUUCGAGUGGUGCAAAUGCUCAACCACAACCCCCUUUCGGAUACACUUCACAACCCCCGUUUUUUUUUCCAACAACCUCCGCACCCCUCGUUUUACAACACCCAACAACCCAAUUUCGGCUAUUUUCAAAAUUUGCUAUCAAUGGACGCUCCUCCUCAAUCCCCCGCCUUCGACCCAUAUGCUUAUCGUUCUCCACAAGUUCCUUCUACACGAGGAAAUGUCGAACGUCCUCUACCUAUUGACGAGGACGACGAGGACGAUGAGGUAGUGCCCGAAACUCAAAAUUUGGGCGACGACGACGAGGAAUAUGAAUAUAAUGUGGACGAAGACGCGGGCAACGAAGAAGACGAGGCUCGAGAAAAAAAAGGGAAAACGGUGAGCGAAAAAUGGACAAAAGAACAAGAAGAGGCGUUGGCGAAGGCGUGGGUACAUUGUUCUACCAACAAAAAAAAGGGCAAUCAACAAAGUCGCGAAAGUUUUUGGGGUAAAAUUUUAGAGCACUUUAACAAAACUAUCGGUGGAAGUAACCGGACCGUUCAUCAAGUACGGUCUAAAUGGAACCCGAUGCAUUCGAAAAUAAACUUUUUCAACGGCCUAUACCAACAAGCGGAUCGCACACGAGCAAGCGGAUGUCAAGAUCUCGACGUGAUGAAAAUCGCGUUAAAAGAAUUUAAGGAAAGAUUUCCAAGCGGUUUUCAACACAUCGAGGCGUGGGAGGUCGUUCGAAAACACGAGAAAUGGGCCCAAGUCCCAUUGAUGGGCGAGGAAGGUGAAGGUUCGGCACAUAAAAGAAAGCCCGUUGACGUAGACUUUUCAAUACCGGAUAUGAACGAAGAUCCCUCGCCACAAAGAGCACAAAGGCGAGACAAGCGUCAAGCUACAUCGUCCGAGGGAAGCUCGGCCGAGUUGGCGGCACAAUUCAAAGUGUACACCGCCAUGAAAGAAGCGAAGCAAGCGGUAGAAUUGGAGGCGAUCGAAUUGAGAAAAAAAAGAGAGUCGGAGGCUCGCGAGCUCAUAUCGGCACAACUCGAGACGAUGAAAAACUACAAUUACGAUCGAGAUAUGAAAACCUUCCUUAAGCCGCACGACGAUGUUCCGCCAAGUAUGUUGCCGAUCAUCCUCGCCCGAAAGCGAGAAAUCGCUAACAAGUACGGGUGGCCAUGCGAUUUCUAAAAUUUUAAUUUUCUAGGUUUAAUGUAAUUUUUAUUUUCUACUUUGAAUGUGUUUUUUUUUUCUAGUUUGAAUGUGUUUUUUUUUUUCUAGUUUGAAUGUAUUUUUUUUUUUAAAUUUAAUGAAAU